AUGAGUAAUGAAAAAGUAGAAGAAAAUAUUUCAGAACAAAAUAAUGAUGAAUAUUUAAGUCACCAUGAUACUAAUUUGUAUCCUAAACUUCAUGUAGCAAUAAGUCCAAACGGUCAGCAAGUCGCCACCUUUAACACAGUGAAUUCAUUAUCUGAAAUACGUCCAAUAAAAUGUGAUGCACUUAAUGAUAUUGACUCUUCCUCUAGAUUAGUAUGGUCUUUAGCAAUUUCCAAUCCAAUUGAUCAAAUAGAUAAUGGAGAUAUGCAUGCUGAAACAUUAAUAGCUCUUAGUUGUUUCGAUGAAAAAGAUAUGAUGUUAGGAAAAUCAAUAUCGUCAACAACUGCAUCUCUAACGUACCAACAUCAAGAUGGGGAAAAAGAAAUUCACAAUUUAUCAUAUGAAGUUAAUGAUGAAGAGAAGGCAAGGGAAUUGAUUAAAUCCAUGAAUGCAAAUUCAUGGGUAAUUUCGACAUGGCGUGAAGCAAGGAUAUCGACGGAAGUUGAUGAAUUUGGUGGAUUAAUUAGAUUUUUAGAUGAUGAUCCAUUGCACCCACAUACGGCCACCAUACUUGUCGUAAACGUUAAUGGAAUAACCAAAACUUCUUUCAAUUUGGAUAACAUUACCAUAAAAAAAACUUCAACAUGCGAUGAUUAUUCUUCAUGGUGGGAAAAAUUACCAAUUUUUCCUCAACCUGCUCCAAGACAAGAGUUAAUUUUUCCACUAAAGGUUCAAGCUGAACUUAUAAAACUCUAUCAGAACACCCCAUGUUUAGAACUAUUAAGUAGAAGUAUAGAAAACGAUUAUUUUAUUAUUGAAGAUUAUAAAGAUAGAAUGCAGGUGGUGGAAAUGUAUAAUAUGAGAACUAAUCAAUUAGAAAUGGUAUUUCAUCAAAGAGCAGAAUCUGUGGCAACUUCAUUUGGUCAUGGUAGUCCCGCUGUAGCCAUUUCAAGACAUAAAACAUUCUUAGCAUACUGUCGUGGUGCUAAUUCAAUUACCAUUUAUCUAAUGGAAAAUUCAUUGGAAAUUUCUACACAAUGUUUUCCUCAUAUUGAGAGAAUCCUUUUAUUGGAUUUUAUAAAUGAGGAUGAAUCACUCUUAAUUAUUGCACAAGAAAAAGAAAAUUCCCCCCCUUUGAUAAUUAUUUGGGAUUUAUUUAGUUAUAUGGAUAACGCUAUUAGAGUAUUACGAGAUACUAAAAAAUUAUUUCCAUUUCAACAAUAUAGAUUGGUAAGAAAUUGUGGAACUAUUUUAUUAAUUGAUAAUUCGGAUGGAAGUGUUAUUCCUAUAUUAAAUGAUCCUUUUAUCAAAAAUAUUCUUGUUCCUGCCUUUAUAUCGAAGAGAAAAUUGAUAGAACUUCGUUUACAAUAUCUUCAUGAUUCUGAGUGGGAUCAAGCUGUUUAUCAUACUGUAUUUAAUCAAAAAGGAGAAUAUUAUGAUGCCGAAUCCGAAAAAGAAAAAAAUUCUGUUAUAGUAAAUGAUAUGGAACCUUGGGUACAUAAUAAAGACUAUGGUCGUAUCUCUGCUUUUUUGGAUGAUGAAAAAACAACUCAAUUAUUCAUCGGGGAAACGUCCGUACAAGUAUGGUAUAGAAAAGAUAAAAAUUCAAAGAAAAGACUUAAAUAUAUUUGGGUUAUUCCAACGAAAGGUAUAUUAAUAAUCAAAUCAUUGGAAAUAGGAAAACGUGAAUUUAAAGUUACUCUAUCUUCACAGCCAACUCAAUCUUUUGGGGAGAAUAAUGAAGUUAUUCAUUGGCCAUUUAAAAUUAAUGCUGUUGGCGAUGCUUGUUCUGCUCUCCGUUAUUUAUAUAAGAAGAGAGAUGAUCCUGCCGGUCCAAAGAAACAACAGCAAUAUGAAAAUUUAGUUCAGACAAUCGAAACUUCGAUCAGAAAGUUUAUCUUGAAACGCCCUGCCAUAUGGAGGUUAAUCGAUGUUAGAUAUAAUGUGAUGGCUAGUCUUAUAUAUGGUCGUCGUGUACACUUAGUGCAACAAAUCCUUAAUACGAAAGAUUCGGAUUUUUCAAUGCGUUAUCUUCAUACUCCACGACUUUACGAAUGGCCAAGAAAACCAAAAACAAGUGAUUUGGAGAUUGUGAUAAAAUGUUGUGAAGGAAGAAGACAGAAGAGAGAUGUCGAGAUGAUUGGUUUCUUUUUGGAUUACUAUUCUGAUAAUGCAAUGGAUAAUACUGGUUGGAUGUUUACUGUCUCUCGUGCUAUUCCCUUGUUGUUUGAGAAUCGUUUAGAUACGUAUUUAAAAGAUUUGUUUUCUAAGCCUAUAUUUGGAACGAAAGAGAUACAUCUGGAUGAAUCGCAUAUAAAUGCCAAAGAUUUGCCACAGGGUAAAAUAAAGUUCAUAAAAGCGUUCAUCCCAAAAACGGAAUUAAUGCCUAAGACAGAGCCAUCACGAAUACGUAAUAUCAAAGAAUUACAACCAAUUAUGAAAAUUAUUGAUAAAUCAAAGAACAGUUUUACGCAUAAUCAACAAUUGGCAGCAUUACAAAAAGUCAUACCAGGAUUGGAUAGAGGGGAUUCGUCAGCGUUAGUAGCGUUAAGAUUAGUUCCUUUACCGGACUUUACUGUAUUUCCUGAUGGUACAAAAGAUAAAGAUAUAAAUUAUCGUAUGUUACCACUUCAAUUAUUACGUAUGAUGGUAUGGCCACGUGGAUAUACCAUUACAAAGUCGGCAAAAUUAUCUCCAUUCUUAAGAGUAAUAAGAAAAGAUAAGAAUGGCAUGGUAUUUGAUAAUCCUGCAAUGGAAGCUGUAAUAGAUUUUAAAUGGGAAUCUGCGCGCAAUCAUUUUCUGCGUCACGCAUUUUUAUUUUUUUGUUUUGCUGGUUUAUUUUGUGUAUUGACCGGAGCUGUAAGAAACAGUUUUGUAAAAAAGACACUUGUUUCAGCUAAAAAUGCCGAUGAUGAUGUUGCUAUCAUAAUGCCUUUAGCUACAUAUUCUGUUGAGUUGAUAAGAGAAUCUAGAGGCGAUGUACCUAAAAAUCAAUUAAAACAGCUAACGAUUGCUAUUGCAUUUACUGUUUUGGUUCUAUGGAUGGAGUUAUUCUUACUGCUCAGAUAUUUCUCGGGAACAGGAAAUUUUAUUUAUAUAAUUAUUAAUAUUAUGCGGAACGUCUGGCCUUUCAUCGCGUUCAUGGGUAUUGUGGUUUUUGCACACGGACAUGCAAUGUAUUUAUUGCUUCGUAAUCCAGAUGGGAUAGACGUUACUCCGAAUGGAUCAAGUUUUAAUGUCAUGGAUCAAAAUGGAGUAUACCAAAAUUUCACAAUCGAACAAUCCUUUAAUUUAAGCAAUCCCACAGAUAAUUAUUUUUCAAAUUUUGGUCAAUCCGUAGCAGCCGUUUAUUUCUGGAUUAAUGGACGUUGGGAUCAAUUAGAACAAUGGGACUUUUGGCCUGUUGGUCUAUUGAGUUUUAUAGCUAGUGUGUUAUUGGUUAUUGUUAUGCAAAACAUGUUGAUAGCAUUUAUGUCGGGCGUGUUUGAUGAGGCUAAAUCGGACGGUAGAUUAGCGGUGUUGAAAUAUCGAGCCGAAUUAAUUGCUGACUAUGAAACAUUAGAAAAACCAUUUGGAGAUUCAAAAGGAAAUCCACGACAUAUAUUCUAUAUAAGUAAUACCAAUAAGAUCUCCAAAUGGUUAAGAAAGUGUCAAGAAUACUUUAGCAGUGGGGAAUGGGAUAUCACUGGAUUGGAUGUUGAUAGUUACGAACGAAAGAAUAUUGAACGAUUGAAUAGAAGUAGUGGCAUCGAAUUUUAUAGUAGCUGGACAAGCGUUAGCGAUCACAAAGGAUUAAUUUCUGGAAAAAUUUCAAGUGGAUCAACUGAACGUAGAAAUAUUCAAGAUAAGAAAAUGAUCUUUAAAGAUAAUGUAAGGAGGUCAUCUUCUAUUGAUGAUGGUUUGCCUGCAGUUACAAAUUCGCGUGCAAAUGAAGUUUCAUCCAUUAAUGAUGAUGUGAAUACUAUUCAUGGUGAAAUCUUGACAUUAAAAGAUUCUGUGAAAUCUGUUGAAGGUUCUAUUGAUAAUAGACUAAAUUUAUUAGAAGGUAAAUUAGUUGAAAUGAUGGAUUUAUUGAAUAAAUUAGCUACUGCUAAUAAUUUAAAUAGCUCCGGUGAUGCAAGUUCUGGAACUGGAAAUAUAUAA